AGCGUAGGGAGUAAGAGAAGCGUGCAGGAGUAGCUCCCAUGUCCUAUUACUGUAUUACUCACAUGUUGUUAGUUUAAUUACGAAUUUGUAUAAAACAUGCCAGAAAAAGUAAAUAAGAUACUAACUUAUGAAGGCUGUAAUUACCUGCGAUAUCGUUUGCUAUUAUCUACACUUUCGGGCAAACCUGUGCGAAUAACAGAGAUUAGAAUUAAAGAUGAUGACCCUGGAGUAAGAGAAUAUGAAGUUAGUUUCAUACGUCUAUUGGACAAAAUCACGAAUGGAUCAAGAAUAGAAUUAAACGAAACUGGGACCAAUUUAUAUUACAAUCCUGGUUUAUUAUAUGGAGGAGAUUUGGAACACGAUUGUAGUUUACAGCGAGGACUUGGGUAUUAUUUAGAAGCUGUCAUUAUAUUGGCUCCAUUUUGUAAACAGCCAAUUAAUAUAAAACUGAGAGGAGUGACCAAUAACACAACAGAUCCAUGUGUAGAUAGAAUAAAGGCAACUGCAAUACCUAUCAUAAAGAAAUUUCUUCCAGGUGAUAAUGAAGUUAUACUUAACAUCACUAAAAGAGGAGCAGCACCUUUGGGAGGUGGAGAAGUUAUUUUCAAAUGCCCUGCUAGUCGUAAUCUUAGAACUGUACAAUUUCAGAAUAGUGGAAUGGUAAAACGUAUACGAGGAACUGCGUGUAGUAUAAGAGUUUCCCCUGCUAUCGCUAAUCGAAUGAUAGAAUCUGCAAAAGGGGUUCUACUGAAAUUUCUACCAGAUGUAUACAUUCACACGGACAAUUGCAGAGGAGCAGCCAGUGGAAAAUCACCGGGUUUUGGAAUAAGUUUGUCAGCUGAAACAACCACUGAAGCAUUUUUUGGUGGAGAAGCAUUUUCACCUUUGAGAACAACAAAUUCUGUACCUUGUGUGCCAGAAGAUAUUGGCAAAGAAGCAGCCAUGAAACUAGUUGACGAAAUUUAUAGAAAUGGGUGCAUAGAUUCACCUUUUCAAAGCAUGACUGCAAUGUUUAUGGCAUUAGGCAAAAGAGAUGUUUCCAAGGUUGUAACGGGACCUUUAACAUCUAUAAUGAUACAAUUUUUACGUGACUUGAAAGACUUUUUUGGAAUAGUCUUUAAAAUUGAACCAUAUAAAGAAGAUGAUGAAAUAUUCGAUCAAGUUGUCCUAACUUGUGUAGGCGUAGGUUAUAGCAACAUAAGUAAACGGACGUUGUAAAAUAUUGAA